AAAAGACAGCGUCAGGGGCUUCUUCCUGUAGGAGGCGGCCGGAAGUCGGAUUUCGGUUGCGGAGGCGAAGGCGGCUCCAGUGUAAACCCUGAGCUGAGGUUCUUGGUCUUCCGCUAUGGGUGAGCCGCAACAAGUGAGUGCUCUUCCACCACCUCCAAUGCAGUACAUCAAGGAAUAUACAGAUGAAAAUAUUCAGGAAGGCCUAGCUCCCAAGCCUCCACCUCCAAUAAAAGACAGUUAUAUGAUGUUUGGCAAUCAGUUCCAAUGUGAUGAUCUUAUCAUCCGCCCUUUAGAAAGCCAGGGCAUCGAACGGCUUCAUCCUAUGCAGUUUGAUCACAAGAAGGAACUGAGAAAACUCAAUAUGUCUAUUCUUAUUAAUUUCUUAGAUCUCUUAGAUAUCUUGAUAAGGAGCCCUGGGAGUAUAAAACGAGAAGAGAAACUGGAAGAUCUUAAGCUGCUUUUUGUACAUGUGCAUCAUCUCAUAAAUGAAUACCGACCCCACCAAGCAAGAGAGACAUUGAGAGUCAUGAUGGAGGUGCAGAAACGUCAACGCCUUGAAACAGCUGAGCGGUUUCAGAAGCAUCUGGAGCGAGUCAUUGAGAUGAUUCAGAAUUGCCUGGCUUCUUUGCCUGAUGAUCUGCCUCAUUCAGAAGCAGGGAUGAGAGUAAAAACUGAACCAAUGGAUGCUGAUGAUAGCAACAAUUGUACUGGACAGAAUGAACAGCAAAGAGAAAAUUCAGGUCAUAGGAGAGACCAGAUUAUAGAGAAAGAUGCUGCCCUGUGUGUCCUAAUUGAUGAAAUGAAUGAAAGACCAUGAAGGAUAUUUCUUUCUUUCUUUCUUUUUUUUUUUUUUUUU